AGAAGAUCGGUUAUGUUAAUAUAUAUAAAAACAAAUAUAGCUAUCAGCAUUUUAGUCAUUAAUGUAUCUGUAUUAGAAUCUCAAAGAACAUAGCUUUAAAUAUGGAGACUAGAACCUUCGCCCCACGAGGAAUGGUUGUGACACCACAUCAUUUGGCAACGCAAAGUGCUUUAAGAAUUUUAAUAGAUGGCGGAACUGCUAUGGAGGCUAUGGUGGCUGCGGCGGCGACCAUUUCCGUCGUAUAUCCCCACAUGAACAGCAUUGGUGGUGAUGGGUUUUGGCUCAUCGUCCCCCCCACCGGUGACUAUGUCGCCAUAGAGGCCUGUGGAUCAGCCGGUAGCUUAGCUAAUGACCAAUUUUUUAAAGGGUAUAGUAAGAUCCCGUUGAAAGGUCCAAAAUCAGCUAUCACUGUUGCUGGAACUGUCGGUGGUUGGGAAGAGGUUUUGAAAUAUGUAUCCGAAAGCGGUUAUCCAAGGCAAUCUAUAUCUAAAUUAUUAGCCGAUGCUAUCACGUACGCGGAAGAAGGAUUCCCUAUUUCGUGUUCGCAUAUAGACGCGCUUAAAGAGCAUGGAUUUAAUGAAAACAAUUCUGAAGAAUUCAGGAACAUAUUUUUACCAAACGGAACGCUACCCAAAGAGGGUCAAUUAUUUCGUCAAAGGAAUUUGGCAAAAACAUUCAAAGCUCUCUCACGGAACGGAUUAAAUAGUUUCUAUCGAGGUGAUUUAGCGAAAUUGAUUGCGAAAGACAUGGCGUCCCUCGGUAUGCCAAUCACAGAAACAGAUCUUGCAAAUUACUCAGCCAUUAGGCGGACUCCGUUGAAAUUGGCUCAUUCGCACGGUGAAAUUUUCAACCUACCGCCACCAACUCAAGGUCUACUUUCUUUAUCGAUUCUCGGAAUCUUGGAUCAGUUACAUAUCGACGGCCGAAAUGAAGGCCAAUUUAUUCAUGCAACAGUUGAAGCUACAAAAAAGGCAUUUGUGUUACGCGACGAGCACUUGACCGACCCUCGAUACAUGAAAAUUGAUCCCCAAUCAAUGCUAUCGAGUCACGCAAUUUCCGAAAUGGCAAGGAAUAUUAGUCUCACUGAAGUGUCCGUAAAUGGAAAAGGCGAAGGCCCCGGGGAUACCAUUUGGAUGGGCAUAAUGGACAGCAAGGGAUUUUCAGUUUCAUUUAUACAGAGCAUUUACCAAGGGUUCGGGAGCGGAGUUGUUUUACCUGACACGGGAAUCUUGUGGCACAAUCGUGGUAUUUCCUUCCAUCUUGAGAAGGAUCAUAUACGAUCUUUAGUGCCUGGAAAGAAACCCUUCCAUACUUUGAAUCCUGCCGCUGCUAAGUUGAACGACGGUCGUAUCAUGAUUUAUGGUACGAGAGGUGGCGACGGACAACCCCAGACCCAAGCCGCACUCUUCCAUCGAUAUGUAGUUCAAGGGAUGAAUUUGCAGAAGUCCAUUUGUGAGCCCAGAUGGGUAUAUGGGCCAACAACUGGCGGAAACAACAGUGAUUUUUUACAACUAGAGAGUAGAUUUAGUGAUGAAACAAUCGAAUAUCUUAGAAAAAUAGGGCAUAAAAUUAUUAUUUUACCACCGUACUCGGAAGAAGUUGGCCAAGCUGGUGCAUUAGUAAGAUACCCAGAUGGUAUGUACGAAGGUGCGUAUGAUCCUCGGAGUAAUGGAAACGCUGCUGGUUUUUAAUUAUGCUGACCAUAUUAAGAUUUUAUAUUAUUUAUAUUUAAUUUUAGCAGGUUACAGGGUGUAGUAAAUUAUUUAUUUAGAUCUUAAUUUACCUAUAGAAGAUAUUCUUAGCAAAGGGUUUUUAUUUUUUGUAAUAGCUCUGAUAAUAUUAAAAAUAAGAUGUGCCUAGGUACAAUUUAUAACUGAUAAAGCUAUUUUUUCCAGUU